UGGGUAAACUAGUAAAGUCGUAAACAACUUUGUGGCCGCUACUACCGAGUACUGAGGACAGUGUAUGCCGGUGAAAAAUGGGAGUUUUAUGCUCGUAAAUAGAAUUUUUCAUCCAAGAGGGUGUGAUAAAAAGAAACAACUCGUUCCUUGCCAACGCUCCUCCAAGCCAACUCGACAACAACAACUCACAAAGCAUGUCGGUGCAUUCGCAUAAAUUACUUGGAUAGAGGCAGUCGCUAUCACCAAAACAUCUCUCUCUCUCUUAAUUGAGCAGCACAGUGUCUUCCCCCUGGUUGGUGUAACUGUCUUGUCUUUUUGAGCCUGGGAUUAACAGGGAUUUUUGGAUGUCCUCUUCAUCAAGAUAAAGCCAUAUAUGUGUGUCUUUGUUACCAUGACGAUCGGUGAAGAUAAGCUGUAAUUAGGUGCUUGCUAGAUAUUGUGAAGUAAACAGACGUUAUUAAACACAAGGAUAAAAACAAGAAAAUAUAUUUGGAAAAAAUAAUCUUCUGAUCCAGUCAUAUAAUUGGAGAAUAGUUAUUACCGGGUACUUUUUUUCAAGUGGUCUCUAGUGGAUGCAAAAGCGUAAACAAGGUUGUUUUUCUCAGAAUCUGAAUGUCAUUAAAAAGCAGAUUUUUGGCAGAGAUGCAAAGAGACUGACAGCGGAAUUUGAGUCUGGUUAACAGAUGCCACCAUCCUCUGGAGAACUAUGGGGGUCGCACCUGAUGCCCUCCAAGAUCCGGGUGGAGUGCCUCCUGCCCAACGGGAUCCUGGUGGCCAUGGAGUGUGUGAGGGAGGCCACCCUGGAGAAGGUCAAGGCCAUGCUGUGGAGGGAGGCCUUUAAGUAUCCCCUGGCCCACCUCCUGGGGGAGGCCUCCUCCUACAUCUUCGUCAGCAUCACGCAGGAUGCGGAGAAGGAGGAGUUCUACGACGAGGGGCGGAGGCUGUGCGACCUGAGGCUCUUCCAACCGUGGCUCAAGGUGGUGGAGCCUGCGGGGAACAGGGAAGAGAAGAUGCUCAAUUAUGAAAUAGGUGCUGCCAUCGGGGUCCCUGUCAACGAGUUUGACUCCAUCAAAGAUCCUCAAGUCGUUCACUUCCGACGCAACAUCCUCAACACGUGUAUGAACGUCGUACAGGAGCGCGAGGAGCACGGCAAAAUGGGCCAGGCCCUCUACGCCUAUCCGCCCAACCUCGAGGCCUCUGAGGUCCUACCCAAUCACAUCUUGCAGAAACUUGACACAGGUAAGGCCAAAUUUUAAGACUAGGAACUAUGAAUCAGUUCUAUGACAUAUAUAUUCAAAAGCAUUUACCUGUGACAAUUACAAUGUCCAUGGUUGUA